AUGCUACUACCGAGGCUAGUUAUCGCUGGAACAGCACUCCUCUCGCUGCUGGAAGGCGUUACUGCAGGUCAGCGGAAUGUGACAAUCGAUGAUGCAGAGGAGGGAGUCCCGGUGGGCCAUACUGUCCCUACCUAUUCCCCUACGGACGGGUGGUCUACGGGGAGUUCAUUCACGCAACUAGACGCAUCCAAAAUCCACGGCGGCACAUGGCACGAUGGCACUUACCAUCCAGGCGAUGCACAACCGAAGGAGGUUAACUUUGCUUUCACAGGUGUCUCUUUGUACAUAUACUGCAUCAUUGCCAACACGCCGCCCGGCCGCUUUUUCGACGCAUUCGCGGAUUACAAGAUCCUCAUUGACGGGGAGCUCGCUGGCGAGUACAGGCAUGACGUCGAGAAGAUACCGGAUUACUUCUACAACACCACGGUCUUUGCUACCAACACUACCCUGGAGAAUAAAUCCCACAAUGUCACCAUUCGCAUGGAUUCCACCGAGAAACCUGUUCUCCUGCUAUUCGACUACGCGGUUUAUACUAUGAUUGAAGAUGAUGCUGUUGUCGUUCCCUCCACAACAACAGCGCAAGUCCCGACUACAACGCCUGGUGAACCGGCCCCUACGUCCGACCAGCCGUUGUCCACAACAGAUACCCCAGUGCCUGACCAACCCUCGUCCAGCGACCAUGUCGGGAUCAUCGUCGGUGCCGUUCUCGGAGGACUCUCGAUUUCCUUGAUCUCCGCCAUCGGUGUCCUCGUCUACAUUCGAAGGCGAAGAAUGCAGAGAGCCCGCAAGCAAGCGGCUCUACGAAGUCAAUGGCGCGGUAGCCGGUUCCUUGCACAUUCGAGGAUCUGGCGGUGGAUCCUCAACCUGCCAACUGAGCCUGAGACUCGUAUCACGAAUGCUCCUAUUCCUGUGCCGUCCAUUCCUGUCCCUCCCGCUAUGGUAUCGACAUACCAAACCCCCACAUCACGGUCUUUCACUGUGUCUCGGCCCCCAGAAUCGGCCACGGAUCUCGAGUCGGAGGGAGGUGAUUCCUCGGUUGUAGCGGAGAUCAGGGAAAUACGAGAGGCACUAGUGCAUCUACGCGUCCAACAGCGGGCUAUGACAGAGGCGUUGGGCGCACCUCCGCCGUACGCGCCCUCCUCGUAA